UCGAAUCAGGAAGCGUAGCCACAUGCACAGCAGGAGCACUGGAGUCAAACUGCAACAGCUCCUCAACCUGAACGCCCGAACCAGGACUGAGAAUACAUCUAUUAGACACCAUGUUUUGGAGACUUUUCUUCGUGACAUUAUUAUUAGCCCUCACGGAACCGACGACCGGCCUGGAAUUGGCGGAGGAUUUGUGUACAUCAUUGAAGGAUUGUGAAUUAUGCAGUAAUAAGACUGACUGCCAGUGGAUGACUUGCAAAGACAGUGGAUUCCAGUGUCUAAAUGCCACUGUUGAGGGCCCCGAAGUUAACUGUAUCAAGACCAACUGUUCAGAGCCAACAGUGGCCCCGAUAGUGAUCUCCACCACCAUCAACUCCACCAUCAACAGCACUGUUCUAUCUACAAAUGAUACCACAACAAUCUCCACUACAGCAGUUGCUCUGACUCAAAACAGCACAACCACAAAUACUACAGCUGUGGCACCUACUUCCUCUCCCAAGAUGUCCACGUUUGAUGCUGCCAGUUUCAUUGGGGGAAUUGUGUUAGUUCUCGGCUUUCAAGCUGUCAUAUUCUUCCUUUACAAGUUCUGCAAAUCCAAGGAUCGCAACUACCACACCCUGUAACACACUGCCACCCAGAUGCAUUACAAACCCCACACUCCGUCCCUACUGAGAGAGAACACAGAUUCUAUGAUAUUUUUAGUUACUCUUGUGAUCUCCUGUGUCUGUAGCCAUGUAUUUGAUGCUUGUGAUUUGAGCUUUACAUUUCAUUGAAGUUAAAGCUCUCACAAGCACUCUGUUCACUCACACAUACAUGAACACGAAAGCACACAGACACAUGCCCAAAAGCAGUGUCCUGUCACUUUCAUGUACAACCACAGCUCUCCAAUUUGCCAAAAUCGGUCAUUCUGAUGUAAUUUCCUUGAAUUCAUUCAGCCCUUAUUUUUUCCAUUAAUUUGUUUGAUAAAAAAAACGGUGCUUUGUACCACCAAAAUCAUGACAUUUCUCUUAAAAGGCACAAGAGGCACAGUAUGCUGCCUUAUUAAUGCCUGUGGCAAUACUUUCUCAUUUUCAGUGUUCAGUUGUAUUUCAUGAGGGUCAGGUAUCUUCAUUAGAACAGUGUUUUAUACAUAUACUAUGAAUAAUGGUUCUUCAUAUUCCACACAGUUUAAUCUGCUGAGCCUUUACCCUCAAAGAAAACGAAAGUUUGUUCAGUCAUUCUCAGCUUCACCAUUGCUCCUACAAAAAUGUUUAUAUAGAUUAGGGUUAAAUGUGACACCCCCUUCUUUCAAAAACUGCAUUUUCAAUACAUAGUCAUUUGGUUUGUGUGUGUGUGUUUUUUUUUUUUUUUUAUCUUUUUCAUCAUUUUUUUUUUUUUUUUGGCUACCUUUCUCAUUCACCACCCAAGUGAGGAUUUUUGCAAUAAAUUACAUUUCCCUGCUUAGUGCCUCACCUUUAACCAUCUAGUAAACAUGAAAACUGCAUGCAACAGAACCAGAAGGCAUCAGUUCUCAAAACUAGUUAGGUGAAUUUGUUCAUAGACCUUAAUUUAGGCAGUGUUUGAAAGCUAGUAUAAACUAGUUCAGUCCCAUCCUCCCAAUUAUGUCAGUGGUUUCAGUGACAUGAUAAUAUCAGAGAAAUUACUUGGGUCUUUGUGGGUACUUACUGUACUAGCAAAUGGGCAAUUUAAAGCUGAAGUAUAUGAAAGGAAGACAAAAAAGUAGUGCAACCAAAUCAAGUUGUGGUGAUAUCUGAAAUUAGUCUAGAUUAGAAUUAAUUGAAUUUUUUUAAUUUGAAUUUUUCUGCCAGAAAUGCAAACAGAACAAGGCACUAUGAGAAGGCUGGGGAUCGUGGAUCCCGUUCUGAAUGUUUGACAGUUGAGUCAAAGUGCCUUUAGAUGGAGGCAGUGGCUUAUUCUUAUAGGUUGGGGAAUGAUGGGUUUUGUCCCCCUUCCUCUUUGAGCCUUAAAAGUGUGAAUGUGUUUGUGAUGAGCUGCCUUUGAGGCGGUAUGUGUGCCAGGCUCUGAUUUACCUGCUGGAGUAGGCUGUGUUUGUGUGUCUGCCUGUAUGUUUGGUGUGUUUAUGGAUACGCAUGCGUGCUUGUGUUGAUAAAGUAUAUAUAGUGUCUGCCAGUUGGACUGAUUGCUAUAUUAAACAGAGUAGAUAAUUAAUUCAAGGAUAAUUAGUUCACCGUGUUGUGAAUUAAAGGCUUUAGUUCUGUUGGCUAAUGUUUUGCUCGCAGACUAAUGUUGGUCAGAUUCUAGCACUCCUGUUUCCCUCUGGAGAUUCUAGUGUACUCAGUCAUAUGUUUAAAAACAUAAUAUUUGUUCAUAAACUGAGCUCAUUAAAUGUUUGACCAUAAAUGGAAAUCAAUAUUAUAUAAGGCACUAAAAUAUCUUAAGCUUGCUUUAUUCUGGUUUGAGGUGUACAUACGUCAAGGUAAUUAAGGCGUCCACUGCUUAGGGCUGUACACAGAUCCUGAUGUUUUUUAAGAGCCCUUGUGCUAAACUUACAGAACUGAAAUAUCUAGAAAUUCACCCCAGAAGACACUUUCUGCUUGCUUUCAGGAUGUUUUUCUUAUUCUAAGAAAAUGACUAUUGCUGAAAUCGUUUGAAGAGUUUUGAUGUUUAAGUCUUACAAUAGAGCUGUCUCGGAUCAACAAGCUAAUCAUUGUUUUCUUUUUGAUUUCUUAGUUUGGAAUAUAAUUCUUGUUGGUUCAAAUGCAGAGUGGACCUUGAACAUGCCUAAUUUCUGCCUGGGAUGAAACAUAGUGGUGUAUUUUAUUUGGUACUCUUUUCAUAAUGUUUUUUUUUUUUUUUUUUUUUUUUGGGGGGGGCUUCAGGGCUGAUGUGUGUGUAUAGGCUGAGGACCUUUUCAACCUUUUAAUUGAGUUUUUUCCUUCAUUCCUUUGUUGUGAACUUUAAAACUUAACUCAAAUAGCUUGCUACUAAUAACAUCUUCUGUUAGUCAUAAUGUCUGUUUGGAAGCUGAUUGACCUUCUUUGGGUUGCAAAUAGUGUAAUGGCAAAAAUGAAUGGAUUUUUUUGUUUUAAAAGUCAUCAUUCUAUUGGUGUGUGCUUUGGUUUUGAUCUGCUUUCUUGACAUGCCAACACUGAAAUGUUAAGCCAUUCCCAGCCUUGUGUUAAUUGCAUGUUUAAUUGAAAACGAAUGUUAAGGCCUCACACUCUUUUAAACCACUCUUAAUUGUGUCUGUUGUCGUAUCACCUUGCUUUAAUGCCAAAGUUAUCUAUCCUAGCAUGAGUCACUCAAAGGCUGCUAUGAUGCUUCACAUGUUUUGUCUUGUCCGCAUUCUUGUAAUCAUAACCAUAGUGUAAUCAGAUAAAAUCCUAAUUGUUUCCUUGUUGCUUUAACCAUGCCAAAUAUCAAAAACUGUCUACUUAUAAAAGCUAAACUGCAGUGUUUAGAGUGUAUUUUAUUUUAUUUUUUUAAACACACAUUGUCACAGUAUUGUCUAUACAGCAUGAGGCAACAUCCAAAGAUCCCACUUAGUUGUAAAUGGAUUUGAGCAUUGCAUGCAAAAUGCUGUUAAGACUGUGUUUGAUGUUAAAUUUGAAGGUACAGUUCACCCAAAAUUCUGAAAUGCUCAUGUUAUUCAAAACCCAUAUGAUUGUCUUUCUUCCAUGGAACACAAAAAUAGAUGUAAGCCUUAGUGACCAUUCACUUUUAUUGUAUCUUUUUUUCCAUACAAUGAAAGUGAAUGGUGACUGAGGCUGUUAUAACAUCUCCUUUUGUGUUUCAUGGAAGAAUGUAAGAUGGGUUUGGAGUAAAUUAUAACAGUUUUAAUUUUUGGAUGAACUAUCCUUUUAAGUUCCAAAUUGACAUAAAGGGAUUGACGAAGGACGCUUGCACUUAAUAUGUUGAACGUAAACCGCUCUGAUUUGCCUCUCACUUCGAGAACUCAAAUUAGUCUGUGGCCUUGUUCUCUUAUGCCGUUAUGUUUGUGUGCACGCAUCAUCAGAUUUCCUCAGCAACAGCCAUAAAAUGCCACUUUUUGUCUUCACACCCUGAGCUAAAGUGUUGCAUUCCUUGGUGGUGCACCUUUUGAAGACAAAGUGCCUUAUUUAAGAUUAAACAAUGAAGAUUACUGGUGUCAUGAAGACUUGGGCCUUGAUCUUGCUAGAGUGAAGGAUUGGUUUAUUUAAGUUGUGAGUGGAUAAUGAAAGGUACAUUUACUAUUACAUCUUGCUUGCACCACCAUUUUUGCUUUUGUUAUGCAAUUACAAAAAGAGUUAAUUGAGUUACUAAUGUCCUAGUUUUAAUUUGUCUUUCUUUUAUCACUGUAAUUACCUUUUGGCAUGUUGUCCAAUUUUUAAAUUGCUUAUAAACUUGCACACACCCCACUUACGCUGUCAUCUACGAGACGAUGCGGGUUGUAUCUGUUGAGUGUUGUAUCUGUUGCCAGAAAGUUUGCCUUAAAUGUUUCUUGCUCUAUUAUUUUGGUUUUAUUUCUCUGGAACAAAAAUUUCAUUCUCAGUUAGGUUGAAAAUGUUGUGAUCAGUUAAUUAAAGUUUGAGUAUUGUAAAACAAA